GUGUUCCCUCCCUUCAUGCCUAUAUAUAUAAUUCACACGAGGCCACUACCUUCAACUUCAUGUGACCAUAGAAGCUCACUUUCUUGAUAUCUUCUUUUGAUUGCUUGGUCAAAGAACUCAUAGAUUCAACAUACACAGCAUCAUGGAUUGGAAUUCUUCUCUUUUCCAGUACCCAAGUUUAUCAGAGUUCUCCACCGAUUGCUCUUCCUUCAAUUCCUCAGAAUCUCACCACUUCUCACUUGAUUACAACCCCAGUGCUUUCUUUGCCCCACCAUCACUUCCUUUCAAUGAGAAUGACUCUGAAGAAAUGCUCCUCUAUGGAGUCCUUGCCACGGCCCGGGACUACUCCAUGGACACCAUCUCUUCCUCGCAAGGUGCUAGAGACCACGAGGAAGUGAACUCGAGGUCGGGAGAUAUCAUCAACCUAGACGAGAACGAAAGCGAGCACGCUAGGGAGGCCGCAUACCGGGGGGUGCGGCGCAGGCCAUGGGGGAAGUAUGCGGCAGAGAUAAGGGACUCGACGAGGAAUGGGGUCAGGGUCUGGCUCGGGACGUUUGACACGGCCGAGGAGGCCGCCCUCGCCUACGACCAGGCCGCGAUUGCGAUGAGGGGCCCACUUGCUGUGCUCAAUUUCCCCCCGGAGGUGGUCUACAAGUCCCUCCAAGAAAUGGAGGGUCAGGACAACGGUGUCGUUGGGCUUCAGGAGGGUGGCUCGCCGGUUCUUGCCCUCAAGAAGAGGCAUUCCCUGAAGAGGAAGUCCGAGAUGAAGAAGAAGAAAGAGAAGGAGCAGAUGCUGAAGAAUGUGGUGGUGCUGGAGGAUCUUGGAGCUGCUUACUUGGAGGAGCUCCUCAAAGUAUCUGAAGACCCUAGCCCUUGGUGAUCCAAACUUUACUUUUAGUUUCACUAGCAAGAGUCCACGAGUUCUGUUCAAUCAAAGGAUUCCAGCUGAGGAGUAAUUCUUAGAUUUUUAAUCUCCCUUCAUCUUGUAAGCUUGAUUGUGAAUCUGGUUCUUCUUUGGAUAAAGCUGAGAUGAAGCUCAUGAUUGAGAUGGUGGAGGAGGUACUAAAGUGGUAUCUACUAUUCUUGUGGGUCCUGUGAUUUUUGUCAACAAGGACAAGGGGACACCUUUUCUUUUGUCUUUACAUAGUAUUUGUGGAUGGUUAUGAUAAUACAGGCUACUGCACAUUGAUUCUGA